AUGCUUUUGAGAUACUUCAUUGACGAGAACGGACGCCGUGUCUACACUUUGAAGAAAACCGCUCCUGAGGGUAGUCAGACGUUUUCGGCACACCCCGCAAAGUUCUCGCCUGAGGAUAAGUGCAGCAAGUACCGUGUGAUUCAAAAAUUGUCUAUUAAUUUCUCGGAUGACAAUAUAUUGGGAAUGGCGUCGAAUUUUUCGACAAAAACUUCGUUCUUUUUCUCCACAACAAAGCAAAAUUUCUUAUCAACAAGUGGUGGGCUAAGCGUCGACUCGUCAUAUCAUUUGUGUUCUUUUUUUGUCGGCUGGAAGGUUUUCGGCUACACUUUAACAGAAAUGGGCCUUUAUGUUUACGAUGAAGAGACCGGCAAGGGUCACUACCGUACUCCGGCUGAAGCUCGUGAAUUGCGCAACAAACUAGAGCUCGAACAUGAACGCCGCCUAAAGAAACCAAUUGAUGUGAAGUCCUUUCCACUCGACGCC